CCUUAGGUCAGACGAGAUGUCGAAGUCACUGCAGUGGAUUUCUUAAAUCGUUCAAGAAUAUUAAAGAUCAAAUUCAGUUGAAGCAAUGAAAUAAAGAAAAGUUAGACCUAAGGUUCAUAGUCUCAGAGCAAAUAGCGGUUUAAUAUUUAAAAAACCAUACAUACAACAUGGCAAGUGGAGGAUCUCUUCAUAUGGAAGACCUGCUCCAGUUCCUGGAAUCAGCUGAUACCAUAACAGACAUCAAAGAAAUUAUACUUGAAAAUUUGAAAUCCACCAAAGAAACCUGGCUUAUUCCUGCGCUGGUGGAUUAUUAUUAUCAAACACAGUCCUCUGAUGUCCAAGAAAUUCUGGCAGAGCUGCGGGAUGCUCAAGCUAAGGUUCUUCUGGACAAGUUAUCAGAUGGGCUUAAGUCAACAGAGAACAGGAUACACGCCCUGCAGCUUAUUCUGUUCCUUGUGUACAAGGAGCUGCCGUGGUGCCAUCUGAUAAUGGAGACACAGCUGUUUGCAUCAGUCAUUAAAGGCCUGAAGCAAAAGCAUGUGUUAAAAGGUGACCUUGAGGUGCCCGCCAUGAUGACCUCCCUGAUGAUUGUGAUCAUCCUUUUGCCAUCAGUUCCUGUCAGCAUGGGCCCACACCUUUCCACGCUCUUUGAAAUCUUUGGACGCCUUGCAAUAUUAUGUGUUAAAAAACCUGCAUCCAUUGAUGAAGUGUAUUUUCUGCACAUUCAAGUUGCCUUGUACAGUUUAUUUAACCGCCUGUAUGGCAUGUACCCCUGCACUUUUAUUGCUUACUUGAAUAAGUUUUACAGUCAGAAAGAAAAUAUUCAUGUUUAUGAAGAGGUGAUUGUGCCUAUGUUAGAGAGAGUCCGUCUCCAUCCGCAACUUGUUAUUGGUCAAAAAGAAUCAGAAACAUCUUCCAGCAGAUGGAAGAAUCAAGAGACGCAAGACAUUGUUGUGUCUUGUUCCAAGCUGUCCCUGGACCUGAUAGAGGGGUCAUGGGAGGACACUCACUGCCCAGUCUUUCACAGCAUCCAGUCUGUAGACAAGUACCGCUACUACACCCAGAACAUCCUGCGCUUAGAGAAGAAUAAAGCAGCCACUGAGCCUCUCAGUGUUCCCCAGAACAAAAAAAUCAAAGACUUUGUGUCCAUAAGUUCCCUGCGCAUGCCACUGGAUGCCAGCGCAGUUGGUGAGAGCCCCUCUGUGCUGAUUGGCUUGUCUACACCACCAUCUUCUCAACGUACAACACCAGCGGCGUGUCUGGUAGAGACAACCACUCCCACUGCUGGUCAGACAGAAACCCCUGACCUGACCCCUACCCCUAGGCUGCAGACGCCUUGUCAAAUUGAUGAUGGUGAAAAAACGCCGUCUAGUGGUACUAAAGGACUCUUCCAGCCAUCAUAUGACAGCAGGAGGCCAACAGUUGUUGCCCCUAGGGUGUCGACCACCGUGCCCCACUCCACCCCAGUGACACCAGGGUCCUACAGCGUGUACUCCCCAGCCACGCCUACCAUCGCAAACAACGACCCAUCCCCAAUCAGCUCUAAAAUCAGUGCAUUUUCUGCCCCUCAAAGUUCACCUAGUACAGCUAUUAGAAGUAUUCAGUUCAUUCAACCUUUGGCUGAAAAGGAUGAGCUGAAGACAGUUAGUAGCGUGCCUGAGGAGACAGCCCAGCAGGAAGAAAAAAGAGAGUGUGUAUCAGUGGAUGCUUUAAAUCAUGUGAUCAGUAACAUCUCAACUCCAGAGAUAGAUACCUUGGAUCAAGAGGUGGAGGAGAUCAAUGAAAGAGAAGACAAGUUUGAUGAGAGAAACAGUCCAACAUCUUCUAUAACCACUUUAAUCUCACAGCCAGAUAUGACUGCUGAAUCAGUUAGACAGUUUAUGAAAAAAGUGAACAGAAUUCGGUUCAACAGUUUGACCUCCAACUCUUCAUCUGACUAUGACACGGCUUCACUGACCCAUGGUUCCCGCCACCAAAACACCAGACGCCCUAGAUCAUGCCCGCCAUUCAAGCGCCGUGACAGGCAGGUGACAUCAGAGAAGGUGCCAUCUACAAGAGGCAGGAAACAAGGGGAUGUAAACAAUGCUGGACAACAGCCGUCAGAUGAAACUUGCUCUAAUUGUGCCAAUCAUCACAUUGAGACGUGUAAGACAUGCAAGGCCCACCAGCUGGCCCAUGAGUCAUCGGUGGAGGUGCCGCCAUUGCCUGCUCUCGUCAACCCAGUAUUCCAGUACAUUUUUGCCCCAUCCAAAUUAGCCAUCUGCAGCAACUGCCAUCAGCAGCUGCUUGUGACGUCCAACCAGGCACAACAUGCUGGCACAACUUUAACUACUGUCAAAGGCAAUGAAGUGGCCCUGUUCAGCACAAUGUCCCAGUCAGAGCUUCUGGACAGGCACAUCAAGCUGGGCUCUGAGAUCUAUGCCAAGGAGCUGGUUAGGCUGCCCUUGACAUGCAAGGACUCCACUAACUGGACACAUUUUGGGGGCAUCCCUCCUGUUGAUGAGGUCAACAUUGUCAGAGGUCAGGUCCUACUUCUGCACAACCAGCUCAUGUACGAGCGCCACAAGCGAACCAAUCACGCCAAACGAAACCGCCGUCUGCUGCGUAGGAUAACUAACAUGAUAAUGUUAGAAGAGCAGCAAAAAACUUUGCUGGACCAGGUUCGUAUGCACGAGCAAACCAUUCAGCAGCUGAACAUCAGCGUCAAGCUGUUGCAGGAAGAGAACAGAAAACUCAAACAGAGCCAGGAGUCUGACGAAUAUGAAAAACUGGUUCAGUUUCGGACAUGUCUGAAGGAAAACAAAGACUUGAAGGCUUCUAGUGUUGUGCUGAAGAACCUGCUGCUCACACAGAAAGAGGAUUACGACAAGCAGCAAAAGAAAUUAGACAACGUUCAACACCAAAACUUGGAAAAUGAGAAAGAAUUAGAGAUUUGUCGUGAGAGACUAGCCAAUACAGAAAAACUAAAAGAAACAGUAUUCAGGCUGCGUAAAGAACUUCUACUUCUGCAAGAACUCUAUCAGAAAUGCCAGGAGAAGCUCCAUCAGAGCAGGACUCCUUCAUCUGUCAAAACAGAGGAGUCUUACUUGAUCAACUCCCUCAAGAUGCAGAUUGACGAUCUGACAAAAGAAAACAAGAAGAAAACCCUAUUGCUUGAUGCCUAUCAGACAAGAGCUUUUGAGUUGGAAGAACACCUGAAGACAAAAGACAUAGCAAUAAAUGACAGCAAGAGGAACUUUGAAGUUUCUAAAAGCUCACAUACUGAGCAACUUCAGGCUGCUGAGGAACACUGCAAAAGUAUGGUCCACAUCAUUCAGCAAUUGGAGGUCAAGGUUAUGGAGCUCACCUGUCAGUUGGACCAGGCAGCUCACAAAAAAAUGAUGGAGGCUCGUGCUGCUCAACUCAAGAGUAGCGCCAACAGUGGCAAAACACUGGAAGUUUCUAAACAAAGCCCAGCAGUAACCCAGUCCCAGGUGGAGCCAGAUAAAACUGUGCAACCAGAUGCCAAACAGGACACUCAGAUUGCCAGCUUGGAUAUCAGUAAGGAAACAGCAAGUGUGGUUGUUGCAAGUAACACAGUCUCCAUCUGCAGUUCAACUUUUGUUGACGACCCGCCCAUGCAGGGCAGCCAGCCGUCUUUCAUAUCUGGUCAUUUCCCAUCCAGAGACAUUGACUCUGGUGCUGCCAGCAGAUCCUCCUUCAGGGGGGACAGUGAUAUCAGCUUUGCAUCCAUUUCAGAACAAAGCCACACAACGAAAGACAGUGGAUGUUGGCCAAAGGAAUAAAGAUUCUUCCGUUUACGAUGUGAAGAAUUUUUCUUUUUAAAAAAUUCAUAAACCAUUUUAUGAUUAUUAGUUGGGGAAAAAAAGCAAGUUUUUUUUUUACUUCUGUGAUUUUGAAACAUAAAUUAUUGAAAAUAAUGAAAAGCUGUGGUGGAUAAAACAUGCUUACACUUAAAUCACAGAUUUUGUUUUGCUUGCUAGUCAUUCUAUGAAUUCCAGUCCACGAAUUUUAAAUUUUUAUUGAUGUUACUUACCAGAAAGUCUAGUCAAAGUGUUAUUUUUUAAAAUUGAUUUUGCGGCUUGUUCUAAUUGUCCAAGAAAAAAGAAAUUUCAAAAUGGAGAAUUCUUUUAGUUUGAAACUUGUAUAUGUGGAAGAUGUCAGGCAUGUUUGAAUGAAUAAUUUUUUAGAGUAAAAAUUGCAAUUUAAAUAAUGCUAACCCAUCUUUAGAACCGUGAUCUAUUGUUAGGGCUACCUGGCUAGCCAACCUUUAGAAUCGUGAUCUACUGAUUUAAGCUACCUUCCUAGCCCACCUUUAGAACCAUGAUUUAUUGGUAAGGGCUACCUUAUAUUGGUUGUAGUAACCAGAAUCUCAGCAGUUUAAAAUUUGUGUGUGAUCUUUCCUGUUUGUGAGCAUAAGUUAACUCCCCCUGCAACUAAUUACAGUAUUGUAAAGAAUAUUGUAAAAUUAUUUGCCUUUAUUUCACUGUAGGUACUUUCACUUGCUGUACGCUUUGCAUGGUUUUUUGUUUUUUUUUUACUUUUAUAUAUACAGUUUAUUUGAAAACUGUAUUUCUUUUGAGAAAAUAUCUGAGUAAGUAUUUGGUCAAUCCAGGAAUUGUUUUUUGUUUUGUUUUUUCUCUCAUUAUGCAGAAAAUGUCUUAGAUAAUAUUAUGGAGGGUUGUGGCAUGUAGAAAUAGGAUAGGAGGCUUGUGUCAAAAUUGGCAUGUUGUUGUUUAUAAUAGUACAUAGUUUAUAAUAUGUACAUGAUCACUAACAAGCAACCCACAAUGUCAGAUAAGUUAGGCAAUUGCAAGUCAAUUGCUGCUGAGGAUUUCAGUCAAACAAACUUAAAUUUAUUAAAACACAAAUUUCUAGAAUCUUAAAAAUGUGAAUCUUAUUCUACCCUAGAAAAAAAAAUUUUAAAUUAUAAUUAAAAUAUUAUCAAUAAAAAACCUAAAGUAAGAAUUCGCUGACAGAUCUAAUAUUCUAAAGCAGUGUUUCUUAAACUGAUUUCGAUGCGUCAGUCUCAGGGGUUUGGCAGAUAUCAAGACACACACCAGACUUAUUUAAUACGUGCUUCGGAUGAACGAUAGAACUAUUAAGAAGGGUUCAGUGAAUGUGCAUAUGAAAUUGUGGAGGUGUUUGUACCUCCAAAAAGGUUAAGAACCACAUUAGUAAAGCUAAUGUAUCUCUCUAACAAUUAUUUAUUAUAUUUCUACAGAUCAUAAUAGAUUUUUUUAAUUAAAGCACACCAAAGUUAUAAUUUGCUUAUUGUUUUUGUAUUAUUAGAAUACUAUUUAAAACAUUCCAGUUUUUAACUGAUGCUCUUCAUAAUAACUUCAAAUAAUUUUUGCUUGCUUUGUCUGAACUGCAUAACAUUCUUUGAGACACAGGUGGAGAAAAUAGUAAACUUCCAGUAUUUUAAGUUUUCUUUGAAAAAAUUAAACUGUGAUUAAGUUAAAGCAGCUCAAGUUAAUCAAGGUUGUGUAGUAAUUAUUGGAGAAGAAAAUAGAUAUGUACUUACAAAGUUUGUGGGUCUAUGUCCAUUUUCUAUUGUUUAAAAUUUACGUUUUUAACAUAAUUUAACUUAACAUUAAAUAAGUUAAAUAUUAUUGAUAAUCAGUUUUUUUAUUUACAAACUGCUGUUUAAUUAUCAUACAUGUUAAUCAAUUGAGAACAGGAAACAAAAAUGCCAGUACUAAUUGCUAAGUGAUCACUACAAAUAGUACAAAUAUAACUUUCAUUAAGUUUUUUUUUUUUUUAUUGUAUUAAUUUAAACAAGUAUUUUUAUGUAAACAUCUUUUGAGAGUUAAUAUAAGUAUAAGGAGUCUUUAAAAUUACUUUUCAACUGCAGUAACUGGAGUUGAACAAAUACAAUUUUAAGUUUUUGUGCCUCUUCAAUUUUCAGUCAUAGCUUUUAAAACUUUGAGUAAAAGUACAUAAUUUGUUGCUUUUUUUUAUUUACUAUAAACUAAACAUUAAAGCAUUAUUGUCUUUAUAAUUAACUUAAAGUAAUAUUUUCAGUGUUAUAAAAACUAGGAAUAAAAAUAAAACUUUUUAAAUGCUCAGAUUAAUUGUAUUUUUUCCAGUUAUAUGAUUAACUGAAAAAUGUCGAAAUUAAAUCCAGUAUUUCAUGUUAAAACACAUGUUCUUAAAUCAAAUACAGUAUUAACUUUGAUAUUCAUUAAUGUUCUAGCAGUGGUGAGUUUUUUGUGUUAGAUUAGCAAUUUCUAUCUUGUUUUUGAGGAAUAUGGCUUUUAGUGAAAAUUGUGUUAGCACUAUGUUUCCCUUUAUUAAAGAACAAUACUAGUUUUAAUAUUAAAUUUAUUUCUUAUAGUGCUUGUUACACCCAUAACUAAGAGAUUGUAUUAUCUCAUUGUAAGUGCCUCGCCAUUAUUUCAGCUGAAUUUUUUUAGGAUCGUUGAAAUUGUUUUUUAAACUUACAGUUACAAAUUUUCAUGUUUUGAACUAAUCUGAAAGUGAUUUAUUUUUUAAUAAUCCAGCAAAUAAUUAACUAGUUUAAUUGAAGAUAAUAGUACUUGAAACUGUUUUAUCUAUGUAUUUCUAUUGAUUAUACAAAAACAUUGAAUAAUUUUGUCACUAAAGAACUUUUGACAUUAAUUCAGUUAUUCUCAUUAAUAUGAAUUGAGAAAAGGUGAUUUUU